GGCUCAAGGACAACCAGGGAGCGACUGUUUAACAGUGCGACUCCCACGUCUCCGCCCUCUUGGGCCCGGGGCUGGCCUUCAGCCAUGUCGGCCAUCCACAAGUUGGAGGCUGUGAAAGAGCAGCUGGUGGCCUCCUGCGAGAGUUUGGCAACUCUCAGCAUGCAGCACCAGCAAUGGCAAAGGUCAGUGGAGCAGAUGCUGGCGGACGUUCAGGCUUCCCUCACCAUCCCCGACCUUUCUGAAUCAGAACCUCGUGGACAAAAGAAGCUGUCGCACUCUGGUUCAAUGUCGAUGCCUUCGGUGCACAGCCGCAAGUCAGCUGCAUUGCACCCCCUUUUGCAGUCAAGGGAGUCGGUGGCACCGCAGUACCCAGCUGGACCUUUGCGCAAGUUGCUGGGUGAAAUGAUCGCACCCUCUGAGGAUGCUGCGACCCCGAUGGCUGUCGGGGAAUUGGCGCAGCGCUGGGCAGCAAGUGUCGUCUCCUCCAGCUACUUCGAGUUUGUGGCUGGCUUCGUUAUCCUCUUGAACAUGAUCGCUAUUGGAGCGGAGGCUCAGAUGUCCCUGGAGCCGGGCCAACAGACGGACGGCUUUUGGUUUGGAGGGGUAGAGCGGAUUUUCUUGGCUGUCUACUGCGUCGAGGCCAUUUUCCGUGCGUUUGCGGGCGGUUGGCGCGUUCUUUGCGACCCUUGGUUCAUCAUGGAUCUGUCCCUCGUGUGUGUGGGCUUGACAGCCUUGCUGGUCAUCCCAUACGGCUUUGAGGGCAAUGAAAACUUAGAAGGCUUCGAGAAGGUGCUGGUUGUGCGUGGCUUGCGCUUACUUCGGCUGGCGCGGGUGUUCCGCAUGGUGCACCACUUCAAGAUCAUUUGGCGGCUGGUGUACGGUUUGCUCACGGCGGGCCAGACAAUCUUCUCCACGACCGUGCUAAUCCUUCUGUCUCUCUUCAUUUUCGCUUGUGUGGCUGUGGAGCUCAUUGCCAAGGACGUGGAGCUCAACAAUCACGAGACGACAAAGGCGAUUGUGGAGCACAACUUUGCGGGUGUGGGCCGUUCAAUGAUGACACUCAUGCAGUUUGUGACCUUGGAUGGCUUGGCAGAGUUUUACUAUCCUUUGAUCCUGUUGAAGCCUUGGCUCGUCCUCUACUUCCUCCCCAUACUGGUCUUUGUCUCCAUUGGCCUGCUCAACUUGGUGACCGCAGCGCUGGUAGAGAAUGCAAUGGACAAUGCAGAAGCCCGAGCUGAUGAGGAGAGGUUGAGGCUGAAGCGACGGGUCCGAGGAGCGCUGCCGGCUUUGCUGGAUAUCUUCCGGGAGCUAGACAAAGACGCGAGCGGUCUCAUUACACACGAGGAGGUGGACGAGGUGCCUAUCGACAUUUUGCCGCCCCGAGUCCUUGAUUCUGUCUAUGUGGACAACAUGCGAGACAUUUUCGACCUUCUGGACGUCAACGGGGCCGGUGUCUUGACGCAAAUGGAAUUUGUGGAGGGCUUGCUGAACCUGUGUCUCCUGGACAUGCCUAUGUGGACGAUGCAGCAGAUGAAGCUUCUCAAGCUAAUGCACGAGCAAAUAGGCAACUUGGGUCUGGCUUUGGAGGUUGUCUCAGUUCGUUUGGCCAAAUCUGACGUGGUCUGUAUGUAACUCGUGCCAUGUAUGACUAGUUUGCCCACGCCACCAGAGCCGUAAGUGACUGGUGCGCUGGGCUGUUCCCCUUUGCUUCACACCUCCAACACGUGGGUGAUUGGUGGGUGCUCGUGGCAGGCUUUCACCGCGCUCUGCUAAGGCCUUGUUAGACAUUGCGUGACAAAGCUCACGCGAAAACAGGAGAAAUCCAGCAUCUUUGGGCCCCUACCGAGGCCGGCCUGACGCUCUCCAUUUUAAAAUAGACCAGUCAUUUCACUAAUUGCCCAAGACGAAACCAGCAGAAGCUUCUCACCGAGCCAAGUUAAGCUGAACCAUUGCUAAAUCAGAAC